AAGUGUACAACGGAAACCGGGGAAUUCCAGAUGUACACACCUACGACAAAAUGGCGUCUUCACAUUAUCCUGGCCAAAACCGUGUAUAUAUGCCAAGAACUAAAAUUCAGUGUCGCUUGGAUACGGUCCUUCAUUAGAAGAGGGAAGUAUGUUUAACAGAUUCAGAAAACAGGAGCAGGAAGUUCAAGGACAGAUAAAGCUGGGAACUAGGGUUAUAAGAGGACCGAAUUGGAUUCAUAAAUGCGAAGACAAUGGAGAAGGCUUUUUAGGAACAAUAGUCAAAUUCAACUUAUUUGAAAGACUAAUUGAAGUAAUAUGGGAUUCAGGAAGGAGUGGACAAUACCGAGCUGAUCCCGAAAAGUAUGAUUUAAGAAUAUUCGAUAACGCACCAGCAGGAGAAUUACAUCAUGGAACAAUGUGUCAAAACUGUUCUGAUAGUCCGAUCCAUGGAAUGAAAUGGACAUGCAUCAAAUGUAAAAUUGACAUGUGUACUCAGUGUUACAUGAGUGAUUAUCAUGACGACACACAUGCGUUUGAAAGGACAUACACGUCCGAGUCACGAGGGCAUAAAAUUUUACCAAAAAACAGUUGCAACGAACGGGUUAUGUCAAAGGGUAUAUUUGAGGGAGCAGAAGUCGUAGCAGCUUCUAAUUUGAUGCAUGAUUUUGAAAUUGACGGCGGUGAUGUAGGAUACGUUGAGGAGAUAACAAGUUGGCAAAACAAAUAUCAUCGAGGUAGUGUCGGUGUGUUUUGGAAAGCUAGUAAUAGAAUACAGUUUUAUCGACUGGGUGCAGAAGGUUGUGUUGAUGUUUUUUGUAGUCGAUUAACAGAACCUGCUUCUGGUGGAACAUGCUACGUAGAUAAGCUUCCAGUAGUUGAUUUUGAUAAAGUACUUUUCGAGACUCCCAACCUUGUUACUUCAACCUCAGGUCUGUCAACUAAAGUUAGGAAGUCAGAUAAAAAAUCAGCGCCAAUACUUUUAAGUCAAUUGGCUGAAGAACAUUAUCCACAUUUUGAGUCAAGAAUAGUGUUAGUUGGAGAACCAGGUACAGGGAAGACAAGUAUAGCCAAAUAUCUAAGCGGUAAACAGCCAAACAGAUUCAGGAUGUCAACUGAUGGAAAACAAUUAUACACUGGUCUUGCAUACAUUGAUAUUGAAACGGAGGAAUGGCUAUGCGGACAGCAAGAUUUUUCCCUAGAAGAAAUCAUCUUAAGCAGAACAUUUUUACAAGAAAACAAAAGAAAAAAUAUCGUUAAGCUACCAGAUACAACACCAACCAGUGAAGAUGUAUUAGAUGAAAAUGUCACAACCCUGUCUGAACAUGAAAACGUUUCUAGUGACUUGCAUGUACAACUUGUCACUAACUAUGGAGUUAUGAGAAAGUUACAAAACGUUUUUAGCGUUACCAAAGGAACCGAAGAGGUCAAAUUUUCAAUCACGAAAGAAAUAUUCUUAGAGAUGUAUUCGCAGGUUGGUAAAACGCACAUACGAAACAAAAAGAUAGCUCCAAUGAUUAUCUACGAUUUUCCAAGGCAUGAUGUGUUCUAUUCCAGCCAUCAGACAUAUUUAGCAUACGGAGCUGUUUACAUCAUUGUAUUGGAUGGAAGUAAACAACUAGAUGAUCCAUGUUCGUAUGAACAGUACCUACCAGGGAAAAGUGGACAUAAAACUUCAAGAGAUUAUCUGCUAUAUUGGGUGAACACAAUUGUAACCUACUGCAGAGGAAGUGUUUAUGACUUUCCGAAAAUAAUGAUUGUUCUUACGCAUAAGGACCAAGUUCAAGCUAAUGAAAUUGAAAAAAGACGACAUGAAAUAUUUGGAGAAAUCAACAAGAUGUUUCAACAAACGCCAUUAGGGCAGCAUUUGGUGAUUGAGGAUAAAAUAUUUGUCAACGCUAAAGACAAACAUGACACAGAAAUGGAGAAGAUAAAAGAGGUUAUCAUAAGAGAAUCAGAGAGGCAACCAACAUGGGGUGAACUCCUUCCAAAAUGCUUUAUCCCUUUAGAGUUAGAAUUUGCAUCGCUGACCAAACGCAACAUUAUGUUGAUCACCUUAGAACAUCUAAAGAAAAUAAACUCAUUGCAGCCAAUAAGACCGUUGUCAGAAGAUGAGUUGAAGGUAUUUCUGAAAUUUCAACAUUCAAUUGGCAAGUUACUGUACUUUGAUAAACUUAAAUUGGACGACCGUAUUGUUUUGUCACCAACCCUUCUUAUCGAUGCCUUUCAAUCAAUUGUAACAGACAGGCGCUUUUGUAACGGAGACAGACACAGAGAGGAAAUAUGGGAUGCAAUGGGAAUGCAAGGGGUGGUAUUCAAACAAGAAAUAUACGAAGUUUGGAAGAGAAAGAAAUAUGCAAAAUUCAACAAAGAAAAAGAGUAUCUGUUAGCUGUCAUGACCCAUCUGGAUAUAUUGGUAGAACCAAAAAGAUACGAUUCGAGCCGAACACGUAUACCUGCCGACUUCUACUAUGUUGCAAGUAUGGUACGAGAUAUAGAUGAUUCUGGAUACCUGCAAUCAGCUAGCAUCACAAAAAGAAAUAUCGCUUUAGCAUUUCAAUCGUCAUCAUUGAUGAUACCACCUGCAUUAUCCUUCAGAUUUAUCAGUUACUGCUUAUCUGUUUGGGCGGUGCAGACAUACGGAGAGACCAACAGGGACAUGCUGUUCCAUAGGUCAGGAGUGUUUACAAUUGAUCCUUCCUUAGAUAUGUAUAUUCUCUGUGAAGAUGACAAGAUUUCUGUCCGUCUUGUUCAUACCAGAACAAACACACUCAUAAUGAGGGGUCUUGCUUCCAGUAUCAAUGAAUGUUUAACAUCUGCCUUGGAGAAAAUAAGUCAACUGUAUAUCAGAACAAGUAGCGAUCAGAAUCAUACCAGUGAUGCAUUCUUUGUGACCAGUGUUUGUUGUAACUCACCAGAUAAACCAUGCAUCUUACCAUUUGAAAAUCUAGCAUAUGUCGACAAAAUCUGGACAUGUCCUGCUCAUGGCAUUGAACACCCAAUACACAUUAUCAAAUCGUGGAUACCAGGAAAGUUGGACAAUGGAUUGUUGAAAAAUAGAAACCCUAUCAGAGUAUCAGAGUAG